CAAACGUGAAGACCGCAUGUGGUCGAAUUUUUAUUUUAUUUUCAUGAUUUAAAUUAAUACUUUAUCAAAUUAUUAAAAUAGGAAACAUAAAAUGGAAGAUAUAAUCGAUAAGUUUAAUGUGCUCACAGCAAAACCUGUUAAAUAUUUAUCAGUUCAAGACGAUGUAAAAGACGAUGUUAAAAACUUGAUUAAAACUCUUUACGACUUUACAAAGUCUAAAGAGGAGGACAUUAAGCAAAAAAAUAAAGCAUUGCCCCAUUUAUUAGUCGAUGACUUCGAUGAAGAGCAAAUAUGGCAGCAAGUGGAGCUCCAAAACUCCCAAUGUUGGGACCAACUUGUAUGGGAAGUUGCAAAUUGUGUGUCAAACAAAACAGAUUUGACAUUUCCUGUUACUAUAGCUGAACAAAAUGCCUCUAUGGACACUGAUGGAUUAAAGUCACAAUCAAAAUCUAAAGCAAAUAAAAAAUUCAAGGUUAAGAAGGCAACUAAGAAACAAAAAGAUGUCAAAAAGAAGUCAAAAACUAAAGAAUCAAUUGUAGAUGAUGAUUUCUUUAAGUUAAAAGAUAUGGAAAAGUUCUUAUUAAAAGAGGAAAGGGAUGAUGGUAAGAAAAAAGAUAGUGAUGAAGAAUCUAUUGAUUUCUUUGAUGAUAUUGAUGAUGGAUCAGGUGAUGAGAAAGGUAAUGAAAAGGAUAUAAAGUACUCAGAUUUCUUUGAUGGUGAUGAAAAUGAUGAUGGCGAAGAUGAUAACAUUGAUAAUGAUGAAAAUUAUGACAAUGAUGAAGAACUCCUUGAUGAAAUGGAUGAAAAUGAAUCAGAAAUAGAAGAAAAAGACUUGUCUAAAUCAGGCGAGAAAAAAGUUAGGUUUGCCGAUCAACCAGAAUCGAGCAGUUCUGAUGAUGAAAGUGAAACAGAAAAUAAAACAAAUGAAAUAGACAAAUCGAAAAAUAAACUAGACACAGAAGAGAAGAAAUCAGAAUUCGAAAAACGUCAACAACGCUUACAGCAACAAAUUUCUAGACUAGAAGAGAAAACUUUGAAAGAAGCUCCGUGGCAAUUAAAGGGAGAAGUUGAUGCGUCCAAACGACCACAAAAUUCAUUACUCGAAGAGGUUGUUGAUUUCGAUUUGACGACCAGACCGCCACCAAUCAUUACAGAACAAACAACAAUUACAUUGGAAGAAAUCAUUCAACGUAGAGUGAAAGAUAAAGCUUGGGAUGAUGUUGAGAAAAAGGAAAAACCUGUAGAUGAUCAACUUGUAUUCCGUAAACCUGUAGUACUGGAUCAUUCUAAAAGCAAAUUAAGUUUAGCUCAAGUUUACGAGGCUGAAUACUUAAAGCAGAAACACGGGGAACUCGACAACGACGAGGAAAAUGAACCGCAAGAACAUAAAGAAUUGAGAGAGGCAAUGGACAAGUUGUUCUCUAAAUUGGAUGCAUUGUGUAACUACCAUUAUACACCAAAACCACCGCAAGCAGAAGUGAAAAUCGUAGGUAACACUCCGGCAAUUUCAAUGGAGGAAGUGGCUCCAGUAGCAACAAGUGAUGCAGCUUUGCUAGCACCUGAAGAAGUAAAGAAGAAACGUAAAGGAGAUUUAGUAAGUAAAGAUGAGAGAACACAAACGGAUAAGAAGAGGGAAAGAAGGAAGAAGAAGAAGUUGCAACAACUGAAGGGUGAUGUAACAAAGGUUACGGAUAAUAGAAACACAAAGAAGGGGGUAGAGGCAAAUGAUAAGUCGAUUAAAACCUCCAAAGCCUUCUUCCAACAAUUAAAUGAUGAUUCAACUAGUGUUAUUAAGUUAAAAGCUAAACGUAAGAACAAGGGUCAAUAA